GCUGGCUCUAAAGGUGUAAAGUCAGUGACACUGGAGCUUGGGGGCAAAUCUCCACUCAUAAUAUUUGAGGAUGCUGACAUGAAGAAUGCUGUCAAAGCCACAUUGAUGGCAAACUUUCUCUCUCAGGGUCAGGUGUGUUCUAAUGGAACUAGGGUGUUUGUUCAGAGCAGUAUUGCCAGUGAGUUUAUCAAGAAAUUGGUGGAUGCAACUAAAAGACUCAAGCUUGGAGAUCCAUUUGGUGAAGAUACUACUGUAGGAGCAACUAUUCAUGAAGAGCAUGCCAAAAAGGUUCUUGAUUUUAUUGCAUCUGCCAAGGAAGAAGGUGCAAGAGUACUGUGUGGAGGAGAACGUGUGAUACAACCCGGGAAGCUACGCGGUGGGUGGUACCUAUCACCAGCUGUGUUGGUCAACUGUAAAGAUCAAAUGAAGGUUGUGAAGGAAGAGGUAUUUGGUUCAGUUGCAUCAGUACUGGAGUUUGAUUCGGAGGAAGAAGCUGUUAAGCGAGCCAAUGACACGGACUUUGGCCUAGCAGGAGGAGUGUUUACAAAAGAUAUCCACCGUGGUCAUAGAGUGGCUAAUGCUAUUGAAGCUGGAACUGUGUGGAUCAACACUUACAAUUUAUACCCAACAGAAAUUCCUUUUGGUGGCUACAAACAUAGUGGAAUUGGUCGAGAAAAUGGUCAUACUGCAGUAGAUAACUUCACUCAGACACGCACAAUAUAUGUGGAGAUGGGAAAUGUUGAUUGUGGACCUUUAUACCAAGAAUAAGGUUUCCAAUCUUUUUAUUUGAAUUAUA